CCGUGUUCGCGGAGGGUCGGGGGCUGUGGGGAUCGUAUCGAGAGGAUGGGGGCUCGGGCACUGCACGCCAGGAGCGGCUGAUAGUAGUGAGGGUGUUAAUGGUGGGGCGAACUGCGGUCGUUCCUCCCGGUGCUGACGCAUAUGUCUUGCUGAUCCAUAUUCUCCUGUUGGAGUCUGAUAUAUUGCACGUGUGCAUCCAGAGGAAGGCGCAAAGGGCAAGAAAAGUGUCGGGGAAGGGGGCGGAGGAAGUAAGGAGAAGCCUUAUAUUGCCUUCUGCAAUAUAAGCCUUCUGUUUCAUGAUCAAAGAUGGCAGAGACAGAAGUUAAUUCGGUGUUUUUACAGCAACUAAUGGAGUUGGGUAUCUCAGAAGAAAAGGCCAAGGAGGCUCUGAUUAAAACUGGCAAUCAAUCUAGCGAUUCUGCUGCUCUGUUUUAUUUCAAUGGGCUUGAAAUGUUUCCUGGGCUUGACGUUCAUGAGUCUUUGAACAAAGAGUACAAGAUGGUGCUUGUUGUGAACAUGGAAUUAACCAUGGGAAUCGGAAAGGUUGCAGCACAGGUGGCCCAUGGUGCUUUGGGCUUGUAUCAAAUAAUGAUGGAAGAAUCAGUCAGUUGGCAGCAGAUGUUGAGAAUAUGGAAUGACGAUGGAGCCAAAAAGAUUAUAUUGAAGGGAUUGAGCACUGAGCACCUUCUAGAGUUACAAGAAUUGGCUUGUCAACUGAAACUUCCAAAUUACUUGGUGCAAGAUGCAGGAAGAACCCAGAUUGCAGCUGGAUCCCGCACUGUCCUGGCAGUCAUGGGGGAAGAGAAGUUGGUCAAUCAGGUCACAGGGAGUCUUCCACUGUUGUGAUAUUAACAACUAAUAUCGGCUUCGGCAGAGGUGUCACUGAAGGAAUACUGAAAGAGACAUUAACUUGUACUUGCUGAAUAAAUGUACUUGUACAUUUAUUGAUAUAAAUUUGAUUCUUAAGUAUU